GUCUUCGAACGCGCCGCGGCAGCCAUGUUGGACGCGGCCAGCACAGGGGCCGGCACCAGGGGGUUAUCGAAGCAGCUGUCAUGAUGCUGGGGUCCCUGGUGUUGAGGAGAACAGCGCCGGCGCCGCGGCUCCUCCUUCAGCUGCUUAGGUCUCCAUCGCUCCGAUGUCAUGGAAGUGCCUCCAGCCAGAGUGUGACCACCGCGGGCCGCGGGGAGCCGCAGUGGCUGAGGGCGGCCGUCGGGGGGCGCCCUGAAACAUCGCCGGUCUUCCUCCCCCGAGAAGGGGCAGCCACCUGGGGGCGCCAGGGAGGACGCACCGAGACCCAGUGCCUCGUAGACGCAACAUGGGGACGCCUUCCUAGCCCAGAAGAAACACUCCCAGGACAGGACAGCUGGAACGGGGUCCCCAGCAGGGCCGGACUGAGCAUGUGGGCCCUGGCCACGGCGCUGGUGGUUCACUGUUACAGCAAGAGCCCGUCCAACAAGGAUGCCGCCCUGAUGGAAGCUGCUCGUGCCAACAAUGUCCAAGAAGUCAGCAGGCUCUUGUCGGAAGGCGCAGAUGUUAAUGCAAGGCACAGACUUGGCUGGACAGCACUCAUGGUGGCAGCCAUAAGCCGAAACGACAGUAUGGUGCAGAUCCUGCUUGCUGCUGGUGCUGACCCAAACCUUGGGGAUGAUUUCAGCAGUGUUUAUAAGACUGCCAAGGAGCAGGGGAUCCAUUCUUUGGAAGAUGGGGGACAGGACGGUGCAAGCUGGCGCAUCACAAACCAGUGGACAAGUGCCCUGGAGUUCAGGAGAUGGCUAGGAGUUCCCACUGGCGUCCUGGUUACCCGAGAGGAUGACUUCAACAACCGGCUGAACAACCGUGCCAGCUUCAAGGGCUGCACAGCCCUGCACUAUGCUGUCCUUGCUGAUGACUACCGCACUGUCAAGGAGCUGCUUGAUGGAGGAGCCAACCCCCUGCAGAGGAAUGAAAUGGGACACACACCCUUGGAUUAUGCCCGAGAAGGGGAGGUGAUGAAGCUUCUAAGGACGUCUGAGGCAAAGUACCAGGAGAAGCAACGGAAGCGUGAGGCUGAGGAGCGGCGCCGCUUUCCCCUGGAGCAGCGGCUGAAGGAGCACAUCAUUGGCCAGGAGAGUGCCAUCGCCACAGUGGGUGCUGCGAUCCGGAGGAAGGAGAAUGGCUGGUAUGACGAAGAACACCCCCUGGUCUUCCUCUUUUUGGGAUCAUCUGGAAUAGGAAAGACAGAGCUGGCCAAGCAGACAGCCAAAUAUAUGCACAAAGAUGCCAAAAAGGGCUUCAUCAGGCUGGACAUGUCAGAGUUCCAAGAGCGGCAUGAGGUGGCCAAGUUUAUCGGAUCCCCACCAGGCUACAUUGGCCACGAGGAGGGUGGCCAGCUGACCAAGAAGCUGAAACAGUGUCCCAACGCUGUGGUGCUCUUCGACGAGGUGGACAAGGCCCAUCCAGAUGUGCUCACCAUCAUGUUGCAGCUGUUCGAUGAGGGCCGGCUGACAGAUGGAAAAGGGAAGACCAUCGACUGCAAGGACGCCAUCUUCAUCAUGACCUCCAAUGUGGCCAGCGACGAGAUCGCACAGCACGCACUGCAGCUGAGGCAGGAAGCUUUGGAGAUGAGCCGUAACCGUAUCGCUGAAAACCUUGGGGAUGUCCAGAUUAAUGACAAGAUAACCAUCUCAAAGAACUUCAAGGAGAAUGUGAUACGCCCCAUCCUGAAAGCUCACUUCCGGAGGGAUGAGUUUCUGGGAAGAAUCAACGAGAUUGUCUACUUCCUCCCCUUCUGCCACUCGGAGCUCAUCCAGCUUGUCAACAAGGAACUGAACUUCUGGGCCAAGAGAGCCAAGCAAAGGCACAACAUUACGCUGCUCUGGGACCGCGAGGUUGCAGACGUGUUGGUCGACGGCUACAAUGUACACUAUGGCGCCCGCUCCAUCAAGCACGAGGUAGAGCGCCGUGUGGUGAACCAGCUGGCGGCCGCCUAUGAACAAGACCUGCUGCCGGGGGGCUGUACUCUGCGCAUCACCGUGGAGGACUCAGACAAACAGCUCCUCAAGAGCCCUGAACGGCCCUCACCCCAGACUGAGAAGCGUCCACCCAAGCUGCGGCUGGAGAUCAUCGACAAGGACAGCAAGACCCGCAAACUGGACAUUCAGGCACCACUACAUCCCGAGAAGGUGUGCCACAACCUCUAGCUUCUACCUGCCUGCCUAGACGUGCCCUCAACAUCCAAUAAAGGCCCCUCGGCUGUGGCAUGGCAACUGACCUAUCUUCCCCUCAUGCCCUUUCCCUCCUCUCCACCCAGCUUGAGGCCUGUUUACCUCCUUGUAGCCCCCAAAAGACCCCUCCUCAGCCUCAAAGUCAAAAAUAGAGAUUUUGCCCUCCCCUGGAUCCUUUGUUAUGGGCCCAAAACUUGCUAACAGGUCUCUAAGAGAAGCGCUGCCUCCCCACCCCCUUCAAGGCAAGGAGGAGAAGGAGGUCUCUUAUCUCUAUCCUUCAGCAUGAUCCCCAUGGCCUGUAGUCUCUGGAACUUUAUCAUGGUCCCAGGAAGCUCAGAAGUUUGGCAGCUAAGAACAGAUCUGCCUGGGAAAAGACAGGGACCAGGCUGUGACCUGCCACCCUCUGUUGGCCCUUAUGCAACUGAGUCCCCAGAAUGUCUGCAGAGAUUGUGGAGAAAGAGUGCAGAGGCCCAGGCACAGAGGUUGUGCCAUGCAAGCUGUAGCUCCUCUUUCCCAUACCCUAGAAUUCCAAGGAGAAGGGACCCAUAGAACUCUUCCCCCUCUACUGCCAUAAUACGGUAGCUGUUCCCCCUCGCCGCACAUUCUGGUGUCAGGCCAGACGACGUUUCUCCAGCUUUGAAACUAAGCCAGUGUAAGGCACCUCUAGGAGGAAGGCUGAGUGGGUCACUACCCUGCUCUGCUCUGGGACUGGACAACAGUACCAAAUGACCAAGCAAGCUCAGUUCUAUGGGGCCUCCUUCAGGAGAUUAAUACAGACCUCGGGGAGCUGUAGGGAGAGUAAUAGUGAAAUCAGGCUGUGCCCAGAUGGCCAUGGAGUCUGAUUCAGCUCUGUCUAUACUGCUGUCUCAGCUGAGUUAGCCUGGAAUAAACAGCUCCCCUGUGCAGUCUGCAUGUUAGUUACUAAGCAGAGGGUCUGCAUGCCAUCCACCAAGGGCAUACCAUAAACCAGUCACGUUUCAACCCUGGCUUAACAGGACACAGCAAGGCCUGGUGCAUCCUUGGGCACCAUCGACAGUAGCCACCAUUGAUGACCACCCCAUCACCUGCAGGGCCUUUUUGGAUCCCUCCUUUGGUAUUAGCUAAUCUCUUUCAGGAAGCAGAAAAUAGAGGUAGGCAUUAAAGUCCCUUGGGUGUUGGAAGAAUACCAUAACAAUAUGGUGGGCACGAACAGUCAGAAGUCAGGACAUGGGCUCCAGCAGGUACUCCAGCAGUCACUGUCCAGUCUCUCCAGAAGCUGUCUGCUGCUCCCUACCUCAGUGACUGCUGUUCUUUUUACUGCUGCUGCUCCUACUACUAGUACUUGUUUUGAAAUAAUUUUAGACUUACAAAAAGUUGCAAAAAUAGUAGUUCUCGUAUAUCCUUCACCUCACUCCUCCUAAUAGUAACAUCUUACAAAAGUAUAGUAUAAUUAUUAAAAGCAGGAAAUUAACAUUGACACAGUACUAACUAAUCUGUAGACAUUCAGAUUUUGCCAUCUUUCCCACUGAUGUCCUUUAUCUGGGCCAGGGUCCAAUCCAGGAUACCAUGUUACGUUUCGUUGUCAUGUUGCCUUUGUCUCCGUCAGUUCCUCCAUCUUUCUUUGCCUUUCAUGACCUUGAUACUUUUGAAAUGUCUAGGCCAGUUAUUUUGUAGAAUGUUCCUCAGUUUGGGUUCGUCUCCUUUUUUCACAUGAUUAGAUUGAGGGUCUGCAGUUUUGGCAGAACUACCCCAGAAGUGAUGGUGUGCCCUUCUACUGCCUCUGGCAGGGGGUGAUACUAACUUGGAUCACGUGACUGUAGCAGUGUGUCAGGUUUCUCCACUGUAAAAUUACUAACUUCCCCUUUGAAAUUAGUAAGAGUCUUGUGGGGAGACACUUUGAAGCUGUGUAAAUGUCUCAUUUAUCCUUAAACUUUGCCUACUAAUUUUAGCAUCCAUCGGUGGUUUUUGCUUAGAAGUAUUAAUGCUGUGUUGACCUAAAGAUGACUUUCUGUUUACUUACUUCAUCUGCAUUUAUUAAUUGGUGUUCUACUGUAGGGAAGAGCUAUCUCUUUUCUCCCAUAUACUUACUCAGUAAUUUAUUUAUAUCAGUAUAAACUAAUAGAUAUUUGUCUUAUUCUGUGGGUUACAAUCUAAUACUACAGUAGUUAUCUGUUGCUCAUACUGGCCCAGAUUUGGCCAUUGGGAACUCUUUCAGGUUGGCUUCUGUAUUGUUUUGGCAUUGCCCCCAUCAUUUUUUUAGCCCUUGCUUAUGCUCUAGCACCACAAGAUGUUCCAAGCUCACUCAUAUUUUUCCUGUUCCAGCCCUGGCAUAGCUAUUUUCCCAGGUAGCUCCUGGCUCCUUGCACUCAAGAAUGGGCACUAGGUGUAUUCAUUGCUACUGGAGUGUCAUUACUUCUAGACCCUUUCAGCACACAGAGCUAGGAAAUAGGUGUAUUCAUGUUAACGCACAUCUGAAUUUAUUAUUGUAUUUAUAUGUAUAUUAUUAAAAAUCAUGAGUUCACAUUGAUACCCACAGUUCUAAUCCAAUACCAUAGGAUUUGUGACUGCUGUUAUUAUACUUCACUAUUCUUUUUCUCUUCUUCUAGCUCCUUUUCUUCUCCUUUCAUUCCAUUUUAUGUUCAGACUUCCCUUAAAGGCUCUAAUGUAGUCGUUUAGUGACCAUCCUAUAUGGAACAUUCCUAUUAGAGAAAGUUCUUACGCCUGGUUGUCAGUCUUUGCUUCAAUCAGCUGUGGCCAGGAGCAGCAGGCAUAUAACUCAAGACCAGAUAACUUUUGUAUUAGAAAACCCAAUGGCCACCUGACUGAGAGGAGAGUAGGAGAUAGGGUAGACUCUCAGAUUUUGAGGAACAUAAGUAUCACUUCUACAGAUUCUUAACUACACCUCCUAAGUGAUGUUGGCCCCUAUCUUAUGCUUCCAUAGCAUCCCAGGCAACACUCAGCUCAUUUGCAUUACUUGUUCUAUAUCUGUCUUUUUCCCUAGAAAGCCCUGUAAGCACUCAGAGGGCAGAUAUUCAGUUGUCCACCUCACUGUCCUACUCACAGGACCUGACACAGUGCCAGCAUAUGACAGAUGCUCCAGGUAUUUGGGUGGUUGGGUGGGCCCUGCAGAAGCACAGAUCUUCACAGUGAGUCCCGGGACAGAAGAGUAUCAUUUAUUCACUGAGCACACAUGUAUUUGUCAUGUUCUUGUGGCCAGCCAGUAGGAUCUGCCAGGAUUGGACCCUGACCAAAUGGGGGCAAAGUAAGACCCAGAUCCCAUCUUGAGUAUCCUAGAAUGCAUGAGAAACAGGACUUGAAAAUGAAAAUGUAACACCUUUAUUAUUCAAAAAGAAAAACUCAAAGAUGCAUAGUGAUUGUUUUAGAAAUGUAGGGAAGGGGCACCUGGGUGGUUCAGUCACUUAAGCAUCUGACUCUUGAUUUUGGUUCAGGUCAUGAUCUGAGGGUUGUGAGAUUGAGCCCUGUGUCAAGCUCCACGCUGGGCACGGAGUCUGCUUACGAUUCUCUCUGUCCCUCUGCCCCUGCCCACCCCCUCUCAAAAAAAAACCAAAAAGAUUUAGGGGGAAAAAACAUACUGAAGCCAUAAGAGAAUAGAAAAUAGACCAAUAAAGAUAAAACUCGAAGUUAAAAAGUAGGGGGAAAAAAAGAAAGGAUAAGUAGAAAAAUGACUUUUUGAAAACACCAGUAAAAUAAAUAAAACUUCAGCCUGAUAAAUAGAAAAAGAAGAAAAAAAAUGCAAGAUUAGGAAUGAGAAAUCAUGUAGAUAUGGAAAAAUUUUAAAUAAUUUCAGGAGAAUUCUAUGGCAACAAAUUUGGAAACAGAGCAAAUAGGUAAUUUACCAGCAGAUACCCAAAACAUACUUUGAAUAUACCUAAUUAAUUACCAAAGAAGAAAUUGGAAAGGUGAUUAAACGUUUAUCCUUCUAAAAAAUCAUGUUCUUUUAUUUAAACUUCUUACUGAAAUAUACAUGGAAAAAGGCACAAGUAUACAGUUCCACUGAAUGGUCACAAGGUGAACACUACUUGUAGCCAUCAUAUCCAGCCCAACAAAUAGGUGGGUUAUAAUUUUCAAUUAUUAUAUAAGCUGCUUCAGAGUUUGGGAUAAGAUGGAAAGAUGCUCAGUUGAAUUUUAAAGGCCAGCAUAAGAUUAAUGCCCAAACCUGAUAGUCCUAGCCUAAUCUCACCUAUGACUAUAGAUAAAAAAUAUCAAAUAAAAUAAAGUUGAAUUGUACACUGUGAUCACAUUAGGCUUAUUUCAGUGAUAUAAGCCUCAGUAUCAGGAAAUUUAUUAAUAUAAUUCAUUACAUCAAGAACUUGAAGAGGGGCACCUGGCUGGCUCAGUCAGUAGAGCAUGUGACUCUUGAUCUCAGGUUGAAGGCCCACAUUGGAUGUAGACUUACUUAAAAAAAAAAAAAAAGAAUUUGAAAAUUAUUUAAAUAUCUAUAAGUAUUUCUUAUUUUGAUAAUAUAUGAUUAAGAGAAUGUCCUUGUUUUUAUAAAAUAUACAUUGAAGUAUUUAGAGGUCAAAGGUAAAGGCAAUUUGCAAAUGUAUCGGUAAACUUUAUACACACAGAUUCACAGGCCCAUAUAUGUAUACACAUGGACACAUAUGUACACACACACACAAUGAUAAAAGUAAGUAUUAACAUUUGGGAAAUUUGAGUAAGGAUAUACAGGAAUUCUUUAUAUUGUUUUUGCAACUUUUGUCUAAAUCUAAAAGUACUUCAAAAGUUUUCUAAAUUAAAGGAAAUAAAACACUUUAUCAGUAGAUGCUUAAAAAGCAUUGGAUAAAAUGUUUCAGUUUUAAUUGUGAUUUGAUAAAAAUAAAGCUCCAGGGGUGACUGGCAAGAAAACUAAAUAAUUGGUAUAAAUAUUGGAAAAUAGUAAGGUAUCUUGUUUUGAAGAAAUAUGUGUAUUUAAGAAAUCCAAGAGACUAUACUAAAACCUAGUAUUAAUAAGGAAAUUUGAUAAGCAUGUGAAUAGAAGAUAAAUGUAUAAAAGUCAAUAGCUUUUUCUAUUCUAGCCAACUAGAAAACAGAGACAAAGGAAAAGCAUUUCGUUCAUGGUUGCAACAAAUAAGUAUAUAUAUUUGCUCAUAUAUACAAAAAAUACCUCUGGAAGAGGGGUUGGGAAGAGAGAGGAGAUAGCAAUGGAAAUGGAAAAUCCACUAUAUUCAUUUUUAUACUUUUAAAUUAAAUUUUGAAUCAUAUUGUGUAACCUAUUCAAAGAUAAAUUAUAAAAUAUAUUCAAAAUUAUAAAAUAUUUAAGAAUAAACAAGAGAAGAAAAUUCUAUUGAAGGGCAUAAAAUAAGAUCUGUCAAAUGAAAAGACAUACCAAGUUCUUGGAAAGGAUGACUCAAUGUAUAAUUCAAUGCAAACCUAACCAGACUCAACAGCAUUUUUAAUUUAAUAAAGUUAACUAAACUCGUGUUAUACUACAAUGUCCAGAGGUAAAGCCACAUGGAUUUGCUAUUUUCUGGAUCUCGGCUCUUAGGAGAUACAAGCUACUACUACUGUCAGUAACUACUUAAUAGUAGGCAAACUAGAGGAUAAGUCAGUUUCACUCCCAUCAACACGCACCCUAAGUACAAGAGAAAGGAAAGAGUAGUCAUCUGUGACUUAUCUGGGUGUGGAGAAGAGAAGAAAGCGGUGGAAAAUGAAACUAGAGAGGCUAGUUUCCUGCUUUCGUAGUGCCUUGAAUGCCAUGCUAAGAGAAUGAAAUGACCAUAUUUGUGUUUUCAAAAGACCCUUUGUUUUGGGGUGACUUCUGACCAAUAUGCAACAGAUGGAGUAGUUCCAGGCAAACCCCCUUCCCACCCUCGCACAUGGAAAUAAUAUGUAACAACAACAACAAAAAGUUCAACACACAACUGGGCUUGAAACUAAAAAUGGGAGAUCCCGAGGUGCCAGCAAUGAAUGGGAACCCAAAAGUCAAAGAUGUGUGAACUGGAAGUUAAGGAGUUUCGUACAGACUUGGGACCAAGAUACUGGCCUAAUAGCUGAGUGCUAGGGCUUCAACAAAGACAGGAGUCUCAAAGGACCACUUCCUUGUGAAAUUAAAAACUAGAAAAACACCACUCAUUGAUCUGGUAAUCAGUAGGGAAAUAAAAUCUACCAUAACUCAGGAAUGUGAGUAGAAAGAAUCACCCACACAGAAACAUACAUUUGCUGUCUGUGCAAAUGUGGUCCAAAUUCACAAUAC